UGAUCAUUUAGGUGUUGUUUCUCAGCUUGUGACUACUCAGGGGAGAUCAGCUUUUAGUUUCUUCAGAUCUGAUCUUAUAUUCUCAUCUCAUAUCUGAAGAGAAAUCCUGAAAAGGUAAAAAAGACGAGGAGUUUCAGUUCUGAGAAGUUCACUCUCACACGCAGGCUCAGGAUUCCAAUUUCCAACUCAUUUGAUUGAGACAGUUCUGUGGAUUGAUUAGUACCUUCUGAAGCUUUCGUAGAUCGAUCGAAGCGGAAGUCUAGAACUUGAAGCCUGUUUCAUUGGAAUUUGUGAGCUCUGGAGUGAGUUUUGUGGGUUAUUAUUAUAAACCUUAAUGGGGUGCCGCGUAGAAUAAAUGGGUUUGUCAUGAAGACUAACAUCUUCGACUGCAUUUGAAGAGAAUCACAAGUAGAGGUUUCUAUUUUAUAUUUGCGGGUGUUUCGGAAAGUGAUGAUAGACUUGGCUUCUCAUGGCUGGAGAAAUGGAAGAACCCCUUAGCUUUCAGGCUGACUCUAUACACUCUGGUUCCAUAUCAUUUGGAAGGUUUGAAACUGAACCCUUGUCUUGGGAAAGGAGGUCAUCCUUCUCACACAAUAGAUACCUUGAAGAGGUUGAGAAAUACUCGACACCAGGUUCAGUUACUCAAAAGAAAGCUUAUUUUGAAGCUCAUUUUAAGAAGAAGGCUCUUCUUCGUCAGGCUUCUGCUCUGAGCCAAAAUGGUAUGGAGUGCCAAACUAGUGAAGAUGAUAUCCUCGAUCACAUGAACAUGGAAGAAUUUGAACAUGCUAAUGUGGCUAGCCAUUCGAUUGACGAUGAGAGUCCAGGUGGUUCAUAUUACCAAGGGGAUUCUUAUGAGUGUAACGAAAUCUCAUCUUCAAAAUUUCACAGAGAAGCUACACCCACCUUCACUAAUGAUGAUCCAGGGUCUGAUGGUGAUCUUCAAGAUUAUGCAGCUUCUCUCACCGAUGAUGAUGAUGCAGUGUUGGAUGGUGAUCAUCAAGGGGAUGCACAUCCUCUCACCAGUGAUGAUGAAGUGUUGAAUGGUGAUGUCGAAGAUGAUGCGUUCCCUCUCACUAAUGAUGAUGCAGCUUUGGAUGGUUAUCUUCAAGAUGUAGAGCCUAGUGAAAUUCACCAAACUCCGUUUGAUUCCAACAUGCUACCAUUGAAGGAUGAACAAGAAAUUGAAGUAAAAGACAAGCUUGCUGAUGAAACAGAAAAUGUGGAGACAUUACAAAAAAUUAGUUCAACCCCAAAGAGUCACAUGGCUGUGUAUGAUGAUAAUCCUAGCAUGAAAAAACCUCAGAAACAAGCUCUAAAGGUAAAGGCCACAACAGAAACAAAAACAGACAAACCCAAAUUGAGGGCUCACGUUCCUAGAAAACUUGCAAGUGAGGCACCUAAAGAUUCCACAAAGAAUCCAAGGAGGGAGAGUCAACUGAGGACUAAAAUAGAGAAACCAUCGCCACUGAAGGCAUUGCCAACUGGCUCUUCUCUUGCAAGAACUUCAAAACCAGAGGAUCCAGAAAAUUUGAAGGCAAAACUCAGUCACGAUAACAAAAGUGAAAAAGAUCCAAAGGCAAAGAAAGGCUCUAAAUCUCAACCCUCUACCUUAGAGAGGAGGGAACCCAGAGCGAGCCAAUCUGUGAACAGGCCUAGGAGAACUCUUAAUUCAACAAAGUUGGAUAUGAAGGCAAGCUCUGCCACCUUCCAUUUCAAGAGUGAUGAAAGAGCAGAAAAGAGAAGAGAGUUUUUUAUGAAAUUAGAGGAGAAAAUGCAUGCUAAAGAGGCUGAGAUGAACCAGAUCCAAGCAAAAACACAGGAAGAGACGGAGGCUGAGAUUAAACAACUUCGUAAAAGCUUAAAGUUCAAGGCUACACCUAUGCCUUCUUUUUAUCACGAAGCUGCACCACGAGGCUCAGAUGGAAAAAAGGUUGUAUCAAGUCAUUUGAAAUCAAAAUCGCAAAGCAAGUCACCCAAUCGAGGUGGCACAGCUGCAGGUAGAUCUCCACCAUCUUUGAAGGCAGGAAGUCAGCAAGGUCUAUCUGCCAGUGAACCUGAAAAUACAGUUGCUCAGCAAGCAACUGAUUGUCCACCAAUGGUACCCUCUGAUGUGGGUGAAAGCACUCCUAGUGCAUCAACCAACAAAAACGGCACUUCGAAAGUCACAAAGAAAAGUGAUUCUAUGGGGAAGAAAGAUAUAGAGAAGGGUAAGGAUUCUAAACAGCUAGGAUCAGAGGGUAGUAAGUUGAGGAAAGAGAAAAAUGAGGGUAGACGAGCUGUUGGAAGGAGUAGUGGUGAAAUGGUGAGGAAGGCGAUGAAGGGAGGCGGAAUAGGUGUCAGUGGAGGUUCUGGAAUGGGUCAUUUAACUGUCGGUGUUGCCUCCUAAACAAUCCCUUGCUGGCAUCUGUCAACCUGAUAUUGUAUUUGCAUUCUCCAUUUUUGUCUAUGUAGUAUCUAAAGUGCAUGUAGUUGGAAUAUAAAAUAAUGGUUACCCUCUUUCUAUGGGGUCUUGCAAUUGCACUCUCUUUAUCCCUUGGUGGGUAUGGUUUGAAGUGGUUCAUCAAUUGGACAACCUACCACAUUUAGAUCAGCAACUGCAUUUGUGUAUCAUAAACUUUGUACUAGUGAGGACAAUAAAUGAGAUGGAUGAGAUUAUUUAUUUAU